AUGGGAGAAGGCAAUUUAACAACUUUAUUGGAGGGUGCAUGCAGUCCUGUGUGUGAGGGCUGCCACCAGCCCAUUGGUGAGCGUUUCCUGCUGCGUGUGCAUGACUCUCUGUGGCACGAGCGCUGUGUGAAGUGUGCUGCUUGUGCUGAGCCGCUGAAGAGCACCUGCUUCCUGCGAGACUCCAAAAUCUACUGCAGGCAGGAUUACCAACAACUGUUCUCAGUGCGCUGUAGGGCUUGUGUGGAGGUGAUCUCCCCGGCAGAGCUGGUGAUGCGAGCGGGUGAUGCAGUUUUCCACCUGCACUGUUUCUACUGCUCAGUGUGUGAGUGCCGGCUGCAGAAAGGAGAUCGCUGUGUGCUGGUGGGAGACAAGCUGCUCUGUACACAACAUUACCAGCACACACUGAGCAGUCCCACCACCACAGACUCAGGCCGGAGUGAGGAUGAGGAAGAUGGAGAGGAUGAACACAACCUUAAGCUGUCAGGAGACAGAAACCCCACCAGAGACGGAGACCACAAGAGACCGAAACGGCCACGCACCAUCCUGACCACACAGCAGAGACGAGCGUUCAAAGCCUCGUUUGAAGUCUCAUCCAAACCUUGCAGAAAAGUAAGGGAGACCUUGGCAGCCGAGACGGGCUUGAGUGUACGAGUCGUCCAGGUCUGGUUCCAGAACCAAAGAGCCAAGAUGAAGAAACUGGCCAGACGACAGCAGCAGCAGCAGCAGUGUCAGUCCCCUCAGGAGGAGAAUGACAGCCAAACACACACCACCGCGCCCUCUGCUGGAGGAUUUUCGGCCGAGCUGGAGAGCUUGAGCUCAUUUUUAUCUGCAGCUCAACAGCAGGAAACCCACAGCUUUAAGAUGGACCUCAGACAAGGUCUCACACCUCCUCAGAUGCCUGGAGAUCAUAUGAACCCAUAUGAUGUUACUGAUGGUUGGUACACUGACAUGGACAGUGACCUGCUUCACCCACACAGAGACUGUCUAUCAUCUGGGGAGACAUCCAUCCUGACCCCCAUUGACCGACUAUAUUCCAUGCAGGACUCUUAUUUUGCCACCUGUGUGUAAUAGUGUGUGUGUGUGUGUGUGUUAAUAGUGGCUGUGAUUUGGUAACUUCUCUGUCUAAUUUAUAUUUAAUCCUGCGA